AUGUCGUCGACAAAUUCGGCCUCAGCAUUAGCUGAACAGAAUCCCGAAGAUACCUAUGAACAAUAUGAAAAGUAUUUAAACGCCGGCAGUGGUGGCAAACAACGUAGUAAAGUGGAAGUACAAUUGAACUCGCAACAUCACGAUGCUGGCGGUGAUACACGAAAGAUUGUUCAAGCCAUGGUCAAUAAUGAAAAGAAUCAAAAACACGAAAAGAAAUAG